AUACUGUGAUUAAAAUUAACAUUAAUAAUAAUUAUAAUAAUAGUAACAAAUGAAAAAAAGUCCUUUUUUUAUGAAGCUUUUUUUAAUAAACCGUGGGGUGAACAAGACUGGCUGCAGAGAGUUUAAAGAGGAUUAUUUAGAUAGAAAAAAUAUAAACAGAGGAGAGAAUAAUUUAUAAUAAUAAAGAUAGUAAUAAUUAUUAAAAAAAAAAACAAGUUGGAGACGGAAGAAAUGCAUAAUAGGGUGUUAAAAAAGGUGCAGCUAUAAUCUUUCAUCUCGGGGAGUCCAAGGAAGGAUAAAGUGAUUCGAAAAAAAAUUUACGAGAUACUAGAGAGAGAGAGAGAGAAAACAAAAAAAAGAGGAUGCUUUAAUUAGCGACCAACUCGAGAUGAUGAUACAGAUUUAUUUGAUGCUCUUGUGUUCAAUUAUGGUUCAGGGUAAAAUAGGAUACUUUUGGCAUAUAACGGACAUCCAUUACGACCCAAAGUAUUCAUCUGGAUCUGGAGGUGGAGGGGGAAAUACGUGUUGGAAUACACGAAGUAGCAAUAUAGAUACUGGACACAUAAGACCUGAUAGAAAAGUCGCUGGAGUGUUUGGAAACUACAGCUGCGAUUCACCAUGGGGGCUGAUCGAGUCUGCGGUACAAGCUAUGAAAUCAAAGCAGGACGAAGGAAUCGAGUUUGUUUUGUGGACAGGUGAUGCAUUAACUCACGCCGCAGAAAUGAGUGAGGAAUUACGACUGCAAUCUUUAAAGAAUCUCACGGAUUUAUUAUCUCACACAUUCACCAGCCAAUUUGUAUUCCCAGCGCUGGGACACGAGGAUGUUGGGUUGAAUUUUAGCCAAACCGCUAUUUUGUGGAAGCAUUGGCUACCGAGUGAGGCACUUCAAACAUUUGAAAAAUCUGGAUAUUAUAUGGUUGAACAAAAGUCCAAAAAGUACCGGAUCAUUCUUUUAAAUACUAAUUUUUGGUUGGACGUCGACAAUAUUGACAGUAGAUUUCACUCACAUCAAUAUCAUCAACAUGAACAUCAUCAUCAUCACCAUCAUCAACAACAACAACAGCAACAGCAACAGCAACAACAACAACAACAACAACAGCCACAGCAGCAACAACAACAACAACAAAGAAUCGCCGGGAGUUUAUUAAAAAACUCUACUGAUCCACACAAUCAAUGGCGAUGGUUUGAAUCUGUUUUACGAACUGCAAGAGAAAAAAAGGACACUGUUUAUGUAGUUGGUCACACACCACCGGGGGUCGAUGAAAGAGACAGUGGUGCUAGGCCUCUAAAAGCAAUUCACAAUAGAAGAUAUUUGCAAAUGGUCAGACAAUUUUCAGAUGUUAUUGCCGGACAAUUUUUUGGACAUUGGCAUUCUGAUACUUUUAGGACUAUUUACAAUGAUUUGGGAGUACCAAUUUCGUGGAUUAUGAUGGCACCGAGUAUUACUCCGGGUCGACCAAAUGGACCAAAUAAUCCCGGUCUGAGGUUAUACAAGUUUGAAACAAGCACCGGACAGAUUUUAGAUUACACUCAGUACUACCUUGAUUUACCAAAAGCUAAUUCAAUCGGUCGUGCCAACUGGGUCAUUGAAUAUUCUUUUUUGGAUUAUUACGAAUUAAAAGAGAUAAACGCAAAGAGUCUCCAUGACCUCGCUGAUCGAUUUACAAAGCAAAACGACAAUGCUUUCGUUAGGUAUUAUAAAGCCAAUACAGUGUCACUACCUCAAGAAGUUGAGGAAAUUUGGGGAUGUGGGGGAGCAUUCAGCGGUGCGUGUAUGCUGCAACACUACUGUGCAGUAACAAGAGUAAAUCCAGAGUCUUACAGCAACUGUUUAUCUUCUCUGGCGUAUCCGCUGUCUACAGAUUCUUCCUCUCAGAAUAAUCUAUACUUUAUUCUCUAUAUUUUCGGAUCAAUGGUUUGUCUACUAACCAGUCGAUAAACCAAUCAACUUUAAAUAUUAUUUAUAAAUUUUUAUUAUUUUUAUUGAAUCUGUGAUGUCAGCUGUACUUGUAAUUUUUUUAUCCCCGCUAUAUAAAUAUAUACCUCAUUUAAGCGACAUUUUUAAUAACGUGUAUACGUGUGCAUACAGUUUGGUGACUAAAGUGUCAAGAGUUAUUAUUAACUUAUAAAUAUUAAUAGUUAUCACAAAACUAAACUAAUGUAAACAACAACAACAACAACAACAAAAACAUAUACAAUUAUUAAUAAAUAAACAAAGAUAAAGCUUGCGACGAAAAUUUAUCAGCGUCAAUGUAUAACAACAUCUAUUAUUGUAAUUCAUGUUAUUUCUUAAUAAAAUAAAUAAACAAUUUGUUAUAAAAUAUAA